CUCAGUCCCUUCAUCCUCAAAAUCUCCUUCUCUCUCUCUAAAACCCACCUAUAAGACCUCUCUCCUGCCUCUAUUACCCCCCCCCCCUCCCCUCUCUCUCUCAUCCUGCUUCUCCAAACAGCAGCUCAGAAACCUUAGACAACAAAAUUACUUCAUCCUCUCUCUCUCUCCCCUAAAGUUAUAGCUUUUCUGUCAGUAAAACAUGACAUAUACAAAAACCGGGGGCGACCCACCGUUGAUCGAGAAGUAUGGAGACCUUUUUCACGAGUCAAGGAAUUGCAGGAAAGAAGCCGUGGAAGAAUGUGGGCUUCCAUUAAUCGAUCUCCAAUAUCUCUCGAGUUCUGAUGAAGCAGAGAGACAAGCCUGUAUAAGCGAUAUGGCGACCGCUUCAUCUGAGUGGGGCUUUUUCCAGGUUGUGAACCAUGGGAUAAGCGACGAGUUGGUGGAGAGAAUGAGGAAAGAGCAGAGGAAAGUGUUUGAGAUGGCAUUUGAGAAGAAGCGCAGCUCCAGCUCCCUCAAUGACUCCUACAGGUGGGGUGGGGCCCCCAAUGCCCCCUCUGUUAACCACAUGUCAUGGUCCGAGGCCUUCCACGUUCCUCUCUCUAAAAUUUCUGACCACCAAGACGAUCCUCCCUUCAAUUCUCUCAGGUUGGUGAUGAAAGAAUUUGCCAAGGCUAUGGCCGAGCUAGCUCUAUCAUUGUCCGGAAUCCUUGCCAGAAAACUCGGACAGUCACCGGAAUACUUCCCGGAAAAUUGUGACGAGAGGACAUGCUUCCUGAGACUUAACCGUUACCCACCAUGCCCCUUUUCACCUGACGUUUGUGGACUGGUUCCUCACACUGAUAGUGAUUUUCUCACUAUACUGUGCCAAGAUCAAGUUGGGGGCUUACAGCUCAUGAAGGAUUCAAAAUGGGUCUCAGUUAAGCCCAAUUCAAAGGCUCUUAUUGUUAAUAUCGGCGAUCUCUUUCAGGCUUGGAGCAACGGCGCGUACAAGAGCGUGGAGCAUAGAGUGAUGACUAAUCCAACGGUGGAGAGACACUCCAUUGCCUACUUCCUUUGUCCUUCAUAUGAGGCCCCCAUAUCAACUUCCUUACAACCUCCUCUUUACAAGAAAUUCACUUUUAGAGAGUUCAGGCAACAAGUGCAAGAAGAUGUGAAAAAGAUGGGCUACAAAAUUGGCCUCCCAAGAUUUCUCCUAUGAAAAUUCCCAUCAAAUCAUUCAUACCAAUUAUUGUUCCUUGUGAUUAUAAUAAUAAAAAAAAGAAAUGGUUUUUCGUUUUUA